AUGACGACUGACAGCUCAACAGGGACGGUCUUGUCCCCGGCCGCACUGGCCCACGUUGUCCUACGGACCUCACAGUAUGAGCCCAUGGUCGCAUUCUACAAGGCCUUCCUAGGAGCGCACGCGACCUACGAGAACGAAUCUCUAUCUUUCCUGACAUACGACGAUGAACAUCAUCGAGUAGCUAUCCUGCACGUGCCCUCGGCCAAGCCAAGGGACCCGACGUCAGCCGGCAUGGCCCAUAUGGCCUUCACAUUUAACACUCUGAAGGACCUCCUGCUAGCCUACCGCCAGCGGAAGGCCCGGGGCAUCGUGCCGAUCUGGGCGGUCAACCAUGGCCCCACGACGAGCAUGUACUACCAAGACCCCGAUGGCAACCAGAUCGAGACGCAGGUGGACAAUUUUGAGACGGUCGAGCAGGCAAACGCAUCCAUGAACACUCCGGAAUUCGCUGAAAACCCUAUCGGCGUCGACUAUGAUCCCGAAGACCUGAUCAGAAGGAUUGAGAAUGGCGAGGAUGAGGGAUGCCUGAAGAAGAGACCCCGUAUCGGGCCUCGAGGGCUAGAGGGAGUACCAAGAUCAGCAUUCAAACCUACAGUGAUGGAACCGGCCACUGAUCAGAUGCUCGAACUCUUUAGAAUCCUGUGUACUCGAAUGGCCAGGAUUGAUCUCGUCUAUGUGUACCACACGAAGAUCAUCCUGGAUGAUUGGGUUGCAGCCAAAUGA